UAGUUGUUGCAUUAAGUGCAGGCACAAGUGCCGAAUUGUACACAAAUAGUUUGAAGUGCGCGGGCAGUAUAACCAACGUCCAUGUUGCACGUUGCUCUGUGUGGCCUACGUGACUCAGAAACAGUUAUCAAUGGCGCAACAACAGCUGCUUCAAAAGUUCACUGACCAAUUCCGUAGUGCAACUGCAACCCCUGAGCAUAGCCGCAUUUAAAUUUGAACUGUUAGCGAGGCAGCAACUAAUUGCAAAUAAUCUUAGAAACAGUGCACAAGUGUGUGUGCACACGUGUGUCUCUAUUAAAUAAUCAGUAAAAUAAAAACAAAGCAAAAAACAAACGCAAAAGCAACAACAAAAUACUAGACGAGAAGAAAAACAAAGUGAACGUCUAGGAAAUCUCACUGAAAACCUUGGCGCGUUUGCCAUUCGACAGUUGCAGCUAAAAUUAAUUAACAAAGUGAAGUUGUAGCUCCAGCAAUUUGUCAUCAUGUUGGACAUUGUCCAACCCGUCGAGCACCUGAAUGAGGGGAGCAACAACAACAACAACAGCGAUGUUGUCGUCAUACGCGCGAGACCAAAGAAAGUGUUUAAACCCAAGGCGCGCAUCAAUCGCAUACCACAGGAGCUGCUCAACGAUCCCCAGCUGCAGCAGGCCAUCGACCGGCUGCCCUCCAACUACAAUUUUGAGCUGCACAAAACCAUCUGGCGCAUCCGUGAGACGAAGGCAAAGCGUGUGGCUCUACAGCUGCCAGAGGGACUGCUGAUGUACGCCAUGGUCAUCAGCGACAUUGUGGAGCGAUUCACAAGUGCCGACACCGUCAUCAUGGGCGAUGUCACCUAUGGCGCCUGCUGCGUGGAUGACUACACGGCGCAGGCCUUGGGAGCGGAUCUGCUGGUGCACUACGGCCACAGCUGCCUGAUACCCGUGGAUCAGACCUGCGACAUUAAGGUCCUGUACAUAUUUGUUGAUAUAAAGAUCGAUCCGUUGCACUUCCUGGACUCCGUCAAGCUGAAUUUCAAACCAGAAGUGGGUCAAAUAGCGCUGGUCAGCACAAUACAGUUUGUCACGACGCUGCAAGCAGCUGCAGCAGAGCUGAAGGCAGCUGGCUACGAUGUUCUGGUGCCGCAGGCCAAGCCCCUGAGCCCGGGCGAAAUAUUGGGCUGCACUUCGCCACAGCUGCCGGAGACAACGCAAAUGAUUAUCUACCUGGGUGACGGACGUUUCCACCUGGAAUCCGCCAUGAUUGCAAAUCCUCUGCUCAAGGCCUACAAGUAUGAUCCAUAUGAAAAGAAGUUCACUGUGGAACACUACGACCACAAGGCCAUGCAGAGCCUACGUCACUCGGCUGUGCAGCGUGCCAAGCAGGCGAAGCGCAUUGGCAUCAUAUUGGGCACACUGGGUCGGCAGGGCAGCGCUCGAGUGCACAGAUUUCUGGAGAAGCGUCUGCACGCCAAGGGCAUUGCGACGACAACAAUACUGCUGUCUGAGAUCUUCCCACAGAAGCUGGCGCUGUUCGCUGACAUCGACGCCUUCGUACAAAUCGCAUGUCCACGUCUGUCCAUCGAUUGGGGCUCGGCUUUCGAGCAGCCAUUGCUGAAUCCCUAUGAGCUGUCCGUGGUGCUGGGCGACAUCGAGUGGACGCCAGACAAUGCUUCGCCACGCACCAAUGCCUAUCCCAUGGACUUCUAUGCCAGCGGCAGCCUAGGUCCGUGGACACCAAACUUCAAGCCCCCAGCGCUCGGCGAAUGCGAGAAUCGACCCUCGGCCGACUGCUGUGGCCGCUGCACACGCGCCGAACUGGAGAAGGAUGAUACCGGCAAGGCGGCGGCAUUGGCCGACUUGCUCGACUUCAAGAAGGGCUAAAGAAUCCGACCAAGAGGAAAUUGGCAGUCCUCGUAUCAUCGUAUACAUUUCUCUCACUGCUGAGUAACUAGGUGAUUUAGUUUAUGUGCCCGCCCAGCCCAAAUGUAAUAUACCUACUAAUUUAAGUUAGUACAAAUAUCAUUGCUAAGUUAUUGUGGCGAUGUAUAUAUGUAUAUACUUCAUGUAUGUGUAUAUAUAUGUAUAUAUUAGCUCAACAUUUGUGUUCAAUCAAACUCUAUUUGAUAUCAAUGACAGCAUUCAUUUAAUAUUCUAGUUUUAGUUGCAUUUUUCAGAAAACAAAUAUCAUUUAAAGUUACACGAUCUUACGAUUAAAGAAAUGUUUAAUACGCCAACUAAA